GAUGAUCAAAUGCUGCAAAUCUGGCCUUCAAGGUCAGCCACUGGAUCCACACCUUUACCGUAUUUAUUAAUAAAAUAGGUGAAUUUAGUGUUCCACCGCAGAGCCCAAAUGUUACCGUAUUUAUUAAUAAAAUAGGUGAAUUUAGUGUUCCACCGCAGAGCCCAAAUGUUACCUAUCCUAUAACCUCAUUGUUUUCUAAAAUUAGCUGGGUUAUUUAUUAUUUGUAGAUUACUGAUAUAUUUUACAAGGAUUUGCCCGACAAGAAAUCUAUAUUUAUUUCUUUUUCUGCGUGAUAUAAGGGUGAUAUUUAUAAGGAGAAUUUCUUAUACAUAGAAUAGAUACUGAAAGAAAAAUUUACUUGAAAUGGAUGAACUAGGAAAUACUAUAGAGAAAUUAGAAAUUUGCAGACUGUGCUUAAGUCUUACCGUUACAAAAUUUAAUAUUUUUACAGAUGAUUUUCCGAAAAUGAUAGAAAUGUUAACAUCCAUAAAGAUUAAAUCUGAUGAUGCUUUACCAAAAAUAUCUUGUCUAAAAUGUACUAGAGAUGUUAAAUCGGCCUUUAUGGUAAGAAGACGAAUCAUUCAGUCAUACAGGCUAUUAAAUUCCAAAAUUAAUAGAAUGAGACAAUCGCAAGUUCGCAAUAACAUUGAAAGUACAAGUCGAACGUUGAUACACAAUUUAAUAAGUCUAGAAAAUAUUACAAACACAGUAAGCAGGGAUAAUGAGUCUCUGACAAGGAUUGAUAAUGUAGAGAAGAGAAUGGUGCAAACUCCAGUACUUACAGUUAAAACUGAAAGUGACAAACAUUUAGGAAUGCAUAAUGUAUCUCAUGAGCUACCUGUUAAUGCACAAAAUGAUUUAAAGCUACUUGAAAGUAGGCAAAAAACAUCAUCCUGGAAAACAAUGAGCAAUAAUGACCAACUGAGUAUCAUCAAAUGGAUAGAAAGAAAAGAAAUCAAAACAACAAAUCUUACAAGCAGGUUAGCUUCUACUCAACAACAGAGAAAAAAGGAACUGUUAAAAAUGUACUGCAAUCACUGUCAAAUUAAAUUCACCAAUAGAACCGCUUUUAACAACCACAUGACAAGACAUAAAAGCAAAACAUGUCCAGUAUGUAAUAAAUUAGUUAGAAGUAGUUAUUUUAAGAAGCACAUGACCUUUCACGAGUCAUGUCCCGUUAUAUGUGAAGUUUGCGGUGAGACUUGCAAGAACCUUUGUAGUUUGAAGAUGCAUUUUACAUACUAUCACAAGAAUCCAUCUAUGUUGGUAUGCGAGGACUGUGGUAGAUUGUUCCGUACAAAAACAAAGUUGCUAUAUCAUCGGAGAAAGGAUCAUACGAAAGAGAGGAAUUAUAAAUGUGAAACGUGCGGAAAAACAUUUUUUUUGAAACUUUACCUCACAAAGCACAUCAAUAUGAAACAUAUGAAAAUGAGACCACAUAUAUGCGAGUAUUGUGGUAAAGGCUUCUCGGGUAAACAUGCGUUACGCACGCACGUUAGGCAACAUACCAAUGAGGCUCCUUACCAAUGCAAUAUUUGCGGAGAGGGAUUUAGGCAAAGAGUAUCUUUAAGAGGACAUUUAAAAAGUAAACACAGCAUCCAGGAGGAAAAUACGCAAUUCUGCAAGAUUUGUGGCAAAGGUUUUGCAUCGGUUGUAGCGCUGGACGUUCAUUCUCGUCUACACGCUGAAAUAAAGUGUCCAUGGUGCACCGAUACUUUCGCUGAUAAGACUUAUUUAGAGCAGCACGUAAACUCGACACAUCCCGAUGCAGGCGCUGAGGUCAUAGAAGCAGAAGGUCUUGAGUGGGUGAAUUUGUAAAACCAUUUAAUAAUAUAAUUCGUUUUUUAAUUGUU